AUGUCUAGUUCAAACAACGACUAUUUCAACAAACAAAGAGAUAUACUAAUUCAAGAAAUAUCAAAUAAUUUAUCCGAGGUUUUCACCAACUUAGAAACCCUAAAUCGGUCUUUGAACGAAAGUAUACAAAUCGGCAAAGAAUUUGAUGAUGUUGGUAGGUUAUGGCGUACAUUCUACGACGGAAUGAAUAAAUUGAAAGAUGAAACAUCCAUGAGGGGUAAGUCAAAUGAAGAAGAGGAAGCUGAGAGGCGAGCUGGUGCAGGUUCCGAGUAG